AUGCGGCACCUGCUGCUGCUGCUCCUGGGGGGAGCCGCCGUCCUGCUGGGCGGGGGCAACGCCGGCUCCUCCGCCCACACCUUGCAAUAUUUCAAAGUGGCCAUCUCUGAACCCGGCCAGGGGCUGCCCCAGUUCAUCAUCGUGGCAUAUUUGGACGACCAGCUCUUUAUGCGGUAUGACAGCAACACCCAGAAGAUGUUGCCUCAAGUCCCAUGGGUCAGGAAGGUUGAGCAGGAAGACUCUAGCUACUGGGAGAAACAGACCCGCUUAUCAAGGAACUGGGAGCGUUUUUUCCAAGUGGACCUGCGGAGUUACCACAAUCACAGCAAGGGAGUUCACAUCUGGCAAUGGACCCACGGCUGCUGGCUGAGCCAGGACAGGAGCCAGGGAGGGCACACACAUUUUGGCUAUGAUGGCAGUGACUUCCUCAGCCUCGACCUGCAGACCCUCACCUGGGUCGGAGGCAAUGGUGCAGCCCACCGGGCCAAGAGGAUGUGGGACGCGAACAUCACCUGGACUCAGGACCGCAGACACUUUGUGGAGGUGGUCUGCAUUGCAUGGCUCCAGAAAUUCUUGGACUAUGCCAAGGAGAGUCUGCAGAGGACGGAGGCCCCAACAGUGAUGGUGGCACGCAAGAAGGGCUACUACGAUGGCCAGGAGACCCUCAUCUGCCAGCUCUACGGCUUCUACCCCAAGGAGAUCGAGGUCACUUGGAUGAAAGAUGAGGAGGAUCAGAGGCCGGACACCUUCACGGGGGGCGUUGUCCCCAACUUGGACGGGACCUACUAUACCUGGCUCAGCAUUGAUGUUGACCCCAAAGAGAGGGACCGCUUCCGGUGCCAUGUGGAACACGAUGGUCUGCUGGAGCCCCUGGACUUGGCCUGGGGGGACCCUGCAUCCAAAGUGGGGCUCAUUGUGGGAGUCCUCCUGGGGAUCGUGGCUGCUGUCAUCCUAGUGGGGGCUGGGGUCAUCUUCCACAUCAGUAAGUAA